AGUCCGCAGUUCGACACAAGACCAGCGAUGCGACAUAUCAAAGAUCCUUUAACAGGUAGAUGUGUAAUCUGCGAUAAAGGAGGAGUUCAUCAGACUUCAUCACCAGAUGCAAAAUGGAAUCAGGCAAGAAAAGUAAUCUAUGUAAAUGGAAUGAGACCGAACACAGGUCAAUCAAGGGCUGCAUCUCCAACUGUUCGCCACAUUCAUGAAGCUGCUCCUCAGCCUCGUGAUGUGACAAUAGUUCACCAUGAUUCUCCAAGAAGACCCGAGGUCACUCACAUUCAUAGAAGUCCCUCGCCGAGGUCCAGAACAAUCAUUCAUCGAGCUCCGGACGAAAUGAGCGAUGUAAGUGCUAGGCAAGUGAAACCGAGGAUAAUAAAGGAAACUCACAUUCACGAGAAAUCGAGAGCUGCCUCUCCUCCUCCGAGAUACACUCGCACCAUACGGCAUAGAGACGUCUCUCCAGAACCAGGAUGCUGUGGUAAAUCAAAACCAAAGAACAGAACUAUUUAUCAUAAGAAUGGACAGAAUGUUGAGCACAUUCAUAGGAAUGGAUCGUAUGAUUCCAAAACAACCCACAUCCAUGAAGGAGAAAGAGGCACAUCAAAAUCCUAUUACAAUAGGGGAGGAUCACCCGAUAGUAAAUGCGGUAAAAGACAGUGCUGUGCCGUCUUAUUGACACUGCUAUUCCUCCUUCUUCUGGCUGGUUUGAUACUCGGCCUCUAUUUCGGUAUUAAAGCCGCAAAAGACAAAGAAGAACGUAAUGAUCCUGCCAACCGUUAUCCAGGAGGGUAUUACGUUGACGGUGUCUACGUGUACCCAGUUACCCGGAGACCCAGCCGUCCAUACUUUGUUCUUGGUAAAGACCAGCCUUGCAACCCUUUUAACAAUGGAACGGAUGCGACAACAGCUGUUCCUAAUUGCGCUGAAACAACAACAAGGGUUGUCCUGGCCAAUUUUACUUUAGAACCUUUACCGAGCUUUCGCCCGGUAUAUCUGAAUUCUGGCCAUAACAUCUCUCCUUUAUCAGCCAUGUUAUAUCUCAGUGUUGUAUUAUUUGUUCAAUUUACAAAAAUGACUUCCUUCUUUAGCUGCUUUGGACAAAAAGGAGAGGGACAAUACCGUAAGUAA